AUGGGCGAAUGUUCGGAAGCGGAAUUGGAAAAAGAGCUCGAUGAGGUGAUGGCGUAUCACAAAAGAUUCAUCAGCAUCGAAGCCAUAGAACGGAGUCCAGGCACUCUGAAUUGGGCUGAUGUGGCAUCGAGAGGCUGCAAUGCAGAACAACUACACUCUCUUCGCUGGGUUCAA